AUGGAGAAGGUGGUCACCAUCUUUCCAAGCCCAUGGCAGAGAGCCUUGUGGCCCAAGGAUGUGGUGCAGCAGGAGCUGCCAGCCCGCACCAACGGCUCGGUGCCCACCACCCCGGCGCUGGCCCGCGAUGCCCUCCACACCAAGAUGGAGCAGCUGGAGGAGCAGCUCCUCUCCAAAAUCCUGACCCUGCAGAAGGAGCGCCAGGCCGCCAGCACCGACCGCAGCCAGCAGCAGCACAACAUCGAGAAGGAGCUCAACUCCCUCCAGAACCGGGUGAUGGAGCUGGAGCACGGACCGCCAGGCUACAGCCCUCCUGAUGCCUUCAAGGUGACCAUCCCGGUGCAGAACAACUACAUGUACGCCCGCAUGAAGAAGAGCCUGCCGGAGCUCUACGCCUUCACCAUCUGUAUGUGGCUGAAGUCCAAGGCCAUAGGGGGGCUCGGCACCCCUUUCUCCUACUCUGUGCCAAGCCAAGCCAACGAGAUUGUGCUGCUGGAGUGGGGCAGCAACCCCCUGGAGCUGCUCAUCAACGACAAGGUUGCCCAGCUGCCGCUGAGCCUGAAUGACAAGACCUGGCAUCAUGUGUGUGUGGCGUGGACCACCCGGGAUGGCAAGUGGUCGGCGUACCAGGACGGCGAGCAGCGGGGCGCCGGUGAGAACCUGGCCUCCUGGCACGCCAUCAAGCCCCAGGGCGUCAUCAUCCUGGGUCAGGAGCAGGACACGCUUGGCGGACGCUUUGAUGCCACGCAGGCCUUCGUGGGGGAACUGGCACAGUUUGGUGUGUGGGACCACAUGCUGGCACCAGCCGAGAUCCUGGGCCUGGCCAACUGUACCUCCCACCUCCAAGGCAACGUGAUCCAGUGGGACGACCAGGCUGUGGAGGUCUUUGGGGGUGCCAGCAAGGGAGGCUUCGCUGCCUGCGAGGAAGGGAGGAAGGCGUGA